AUGACCUUGUUAAGGGAGCUGUUUGACGGCGAAGUGAAGGAACCCGAAACGAGGUCAUCAUACGAAUACGUUAUCAAUCUGCGGGAAAGGUUAGAAGACACUUGUCCGGCGGUUGUGGUGGUUAACGACGAGGAUAAUACAGAGGGAAGAGCAACGACAAUUCCCAGUUACAAGCAGCGAGAAACCUGGAGAGAUGUCUCGUUGGAUUCAGACUUGCCAGCUGAUCAUCAAAACGACGCGAGAGGCAUCCUGCAAGCGUUUGGCGACGUGCUCACCGAUGUCCCAGGUAAAACAACAGAAUUAGAGUAUAACAUUGAAUUAACAGUUCCUGAAAUUAUAAGAGUAAAACCAUAUCCUUUACCGUACAGAUUAGAGGAAGACGUGAAAAAUGAAUUACGUAGUAUGCUGGAGAUAGGCAUAAUUGAGCCUUCAGACUCUGAUUAUUCUACACCUAUUUUAGUAGUCCCUAAAAAAGAUGGAAAUCGGAGACUUUGUUGA